AAGAUGGCGCCCACACACGUACUGAGAUGCUGUCAACGGGGUUUAGCAUGGAUACCUGUGAUUUUUAUCGCACUGGUUGUCUGCUGGUCGUAUUAUGCUUAUGUGGUGGAGCUUUGUAUAUUCACCAUCCCCAGUAUAGGAGAGAAAAUUGUCUACCUGAUCUACUUCCACCUUUCGUUCAUCAUGUUUGUAUGGUCUUAUUGGAAGACCAUCUUCACCAAACCCGCCAACCCCUCCAAAGAGUUUUGCUUGCCCAAAGCUGAGAAGGAGCGUUAUGAGAAGGAAGAGCGGCCAGAAUCUCAGCAGGAGAUCCUGUGGAGGGCUGCCUCUAGUCUGCCUCUGUACACCCGCACAGGAGCUGGAGCAAUCCGUUACUGUGACCGGUGUCAAGUUAUCAAGCCUGACAGGUGUCAUCACUGCUCCGCAUGUGACAUGUGUGUGCUAAAGAUGGACCACCACUGUCCCUGGGUGAACAACUGUGUGGGAUUCUCCAACUACAAGUUUUUCAUCCUCUUCUUGGCCUAUUCGCUGGUGUACUGUUUGUUUAUUGCAGCCACCGUACUGCAGUAUUUCAUUAAAUUCUGGACACUUUGCCGGAGGAAAUCGGCAGAGAACUGCCCAAAGAAUGAGCUGCCAGACACUCACGCCAAAUUCCAUGUCUUAUUUCUGUUUUUUGUGGCGGCCAUGUUUUGCAUCAGUAUUUUGUCCCUCUUCAGCUACCACCUGUGGCUUGUAGGGAAGAACCGAUCCACUAUAGAGGCAUUUAGAGCACCAGUCUUUAGGACAGGCUCUGAUAAAAACGGCUUCUCUCUGGGUUUCCGAAAGAAUAUUGUCCAAGUCUUUGGAGACCAGAAAAAGUACUGGCUGCUGCCCAUCUUCACCAGUCAGGGAGAUGGUCUGACAUUCCCUACAAAGCUGGUGAACGCUGAUGCAGAGCAGGCCACAGUGACCCUGCAUCCAGAGCCCAAUAAAAGUGCUGCCGAUGUUCCUGUGAGCCCACUCAGCGAUUCACAGAACCGCCUCUUGAGCAACGACCAGCAUGCCAACAACAUCGAAGACCAUCUGGCUAAUAACACCCUCAAGUCAGCUGGAAGUGAAACCAUUACAGUCUCCAUGGAGAGUGAGUCCUAACCAGGAGAAACUCCUCUGUCAUCUAAUAUGAUGCCUUAAGCAACACAGCAGUUUAGUUUGUUACCAUGGUAGCCGUCUCCCAGUGCAACCUCAUGCUCAGAGUAACUAUGGAAAUGCGUCCUUUUUUGGCCAUCACAGUGAUACAUCUAUGGCAUUGGCAAUUUGGCAUGCAGUGUCAUAAGCAGAUCUCACCCCCACACAACAUGUGCUACAAGCUUGCUCUCUCUCACACCGUCUCCCAUGUGAACUCACAAAAACAGUCACACAUUCAAACAUUCAUAUUUCCUCCUUUUUUUUUUCUCACAACUUUGGUGUCUGUUAUUGAAGGAACUGGAGCUCCUUAGAUGGUUUAAUCAGAAAACAUUUGUGCCAAAAGCUUACUAGGUGCACCUUUUCAAAGGCUUUGGCAGAAAGCUCAAGGAGAAUUGGGAGACGAGUUGAGGAUUUGAACUUUUCUCUUUUGAUUUUUUUGAAAGGCAGUGCAUCCGCAGAGAUGGAUCAGUUUACUUGCAUAACCUUUUUUUUUUUAGUCUUUUUAACUCAUCAUGUCGGAGCGUAUGUUUGGCCUGCACCUUUUGAGAUGGAUGUUCUUCUCUAAAACCUGGACUCUAUUAUAGAGGACUCUACCGUGUUGCUCAGUGGACUGAACCAGUGUGAAACAGGGAAGACUGUAGUUGGGUUUUGGAUCGCGUUGUGGAUAUCAGAGCACAAGAAGGCGCAUUUGCACUUUGUAGUUUAUCGAUGUCCAUCAAAGAACGUGCUGCUUUUUAUCAUGUCCAAAAAGCAUCCCAGGUAUAACAGAUGCUGGACGAUCAUUUGAUUUAUCGUGUAUUGUGUGUGUGUGUGUGAAUGAGAAACAAUAAGCUGAAAUGAUCAGCUUUAUGUGUUUUUGUGGCCAACUUAUGUUAAUUCAUGCUGCUUGUAUAUGGACUGUUUGACCUGGGAGAUUCACACGGUGCAAUGUGCAGCAUCCUUCACUACCUGUCAAUUCAUUACAUUGAUCAGUGAUUCCUCACAAUGUUCCUUUCAGUCUAUUUUUUCCUAAAUAGCGCAGCCUUUACUAAAACACCAACAUUCAUUGCCAAAUAAGGGCUGACCUGUCAGGAGCUCUGACCUCUGAACCUGAAGUGUUUACAGCAUCCUAGCUUUAUCUCACUGGCCAAUGUCAUCAUAACCAAAUUGUAUCUAACAGUUGCUACUGCGCAAUAUUUUCUACAAGGUGUAUCUAUCCCUCCUGCCUGUAGUGGGUCAUGAUGUCCUUGCAAUACCAGUGGUGGCCGGCAGGUGGCGACAAGGCUCCAAUUAUCUGCAGUCAUUCAGAAGGAGCGUUUUCUACCACUGUAGAUCAACAUCUGGCUCAGGCUCAGUUCACUUUCAGUCUAGUUUUCAGGUGCACUUUUCCUCAGAAUAUAUCUAUUUUUUUCAUAUCCGGUAUUUAAUAUGUAUUUUUGCUGCAGUAACACAUUCAGAUUUAAUUUAAAGCUUACAGUGAAAGUGAACUGAACCCAUAGCAUUUAAGCCGUUUUUGUGCUUGGGAUUCAACAGUGAAUUGUUUUUGUGUCAGUGUUGAACACAUAGGAUGCGCUAGUGAUUCAAAGGGUGCAAUUAAUAAAACACAGUACUUUUUUUUUUAAUACACCAGAGAAAACAUUACAUUCUGUUGCUCAUUGUGUCUUUUUCCAAGUAAUUUUGUUAUCUAUAUGCAACUUUCUGAUUCAUACUGAAGAGAGAUGGACCUAAUGACACUGUAUAUUCCUGAUGUCGCUCUCAAUACGCAUGUCUCUUUCUAAUCUCUCUGAUGUUGCUGGAUGAGCACCCCCCCAACUGGAUCUCACCACACUACGGUGACGUUUACAGCUGUUUCUUUUGUGUUGAGUGAGUUAGUGGUGUCGUAUGGUGUUUUUUGGUCAUCGUUGUUACACUUGUGCUGAAUGUACCACAGAGAGGAUCUAAAGAUGGAGAGAACAGCCUGCUUUUCCAGACUAUAUAUAUAUCUAUAUAUAAAACCUUUCUCCUUCCAACCAUGUUUGACCUUUUGAGCCCAGGUUUAUUUAUGAUUACUUUUAAACUAGUGAUUAGAGGGUAUUUGUGACUGUACAUGGAGUAUUUUCAUGAUGGCAGACCAUGAACAAAGCCUAGGUUUUGGUCUUUUCAAGUAGAUGAUGAGUUUCCUUAAUCCCACUCUUAGUACUGUUCAAUAUUUGGAUAAAGAAAAAGAUCCAAGCUCAUUAUUUAUGGCCACUGAUUCAGAAAAAACUGUUAUCAUGUUGUUCUACAAAUGCCUAUAUCUUCCCUCUGGGCUGUUUGUCCUGGAGGCUAAAGUGCGCGUGUGUAUUUUGUAAAGCUUAGAGUGUUUUUUUUUUUUUUUUUGUAAUCUUGUCGUCUUGGGAGGAAUGCUUCUGUGCAGCCAUGAGAUUUUUACGUCUGUGUACAUACAUAACGUCUGACUAAUGCUCUAAAGCAUGGCGCCUAACUUCUCUAAAAUUUUGUUUUAGCAUUAUAACAGGUGGUGUUAAAACAGACUUUGGGGUUUUUCAACUAUACAUAGGUGUGUCAUGUUUUAAAUUAGCUUUACUCUGGUCUGUUUCAACUUUAUAAAUAAAGCCAUAAAAACUCCUGUGAAAUUGGAGGAAAGAUUUGAACAUUUCUCAUUUCUUUUUUUAUUUUUAUUUUUUAACUUCAUAUGGAAAAACAGUCAACAUCUGUAUUCAUGAUACAGAUGUAGCCUGUUACAAUUUGCUUAUUGCUACCUUUUUCUUUUUGUUACUAUGUCCUAUUUUACAAUGUGUAUAUAUAUUGAUAAUGUAAGAAAAAGACCACAUAUAUAUUUUUCUCGUCUGAUUAAUUUUACUGUUCCUAUUUUGUGAAUGAAGUACAUGCCUCUACACAAUUAACGUGAAAAUAACAAUAAAUAAAUGUUUUCUAAACCUCCA